AUUGUCAGAGACAAGAAGAGUACGCCUGCAUAUUUUGUGACAAAUUUUCCAAUAUUUCCAUAGUUUUCCUCAAGAUUCUUCGGAUAAUUUAUUUGUUAUGAUUUAAAUAAUUCAGUAUUUGGCGAAGAUUAUAACUUGUUCGUGAGGUUAAGGAUGAGCGUUAUAAUAAGACUGCAGAACCUGCCGUGGUCGGCAAACGCACUAGACAUUCGCCAGUACUUCAAUGGACUCAGCAUUCCAGAGGGUGGCGUUCACAUCGUCGGCGGCGAGCUGGGGGACGCAUUUAUCGCCUUCAGUACCGACGAAGACGCCCGCCAAGCCUUCACCAGGAACAAUGGCAAGAUCAAGGAAAUUCAGAUCUCGCUCAUGCUCAGUUCACGCACCGAGAUGCAACGAGUCAUCGAAGCCGCCAGGGCUCAGUCAUACGCAGCUUUCAUGCAACCCUCACCGGCCUCGGUUCCCAUGCCAGCAGUGGUACCGUCCAUCGUUCCAGCAGCGGUCCCGGAGAUAAAGAAGGAGUCCAAGGAGAUCAAAAGCGAGAAACGAGACAGCAGGAGGCGUUCUAGGUCCAAAUCCAGGGACAGGAAGGACCGAUCCAGGGAAAGAGAGAGAAAAGACAAGAGGCACAGAGACAGGAGCCGCUCUAGGUCCAGAGAUCGCAAGGAACGCCGCAGGCGCGACAGGAGUCGCAGUCGUGGCCGCUCCCGCUCCAGAGACCGCGACCGUAGGAACAGCAGGGACCACCGAAGGCGUUCCGAGGAGAAAGCGGCGCCGGUCUUCCAGAGAGAUCCCAGGAAGCCCAUGCCAGAGAUAUGGGCUAAUCAGAACCCAGCCAAGAGCGUUCUCGACGUGGCGCCUGCAGCUCCAGCUGCUAGCAUCCUCAGCGGUUUCCCCAUCAACUUGGAACAAGCAAAGAGGACUUUGAACUCCUUGACUGCGGGACUACAGGCCAACGGAUUUGCCGCAAACACCAACGGACCCAGCUUCACGGGUAGCCCUCAGGGUAGAACCAGAGACAGCUGGCCGCCUACGGGAAUCCAAAAUUUCCAAGGCAGGUCUAACGACGGUUUCCAGAACAAAAGACAAAAUAUGGGUCCGGGGAACGGUGACAAUUUCCAAGGUCGCUUCCAGCGACACAACUUCCAACGCGACGGUCAUCGCAACCGCAUGGACGACAACUACAUGGACUGCUGUGUAUCCUUAGAGCCUUUCUACGGUAGCUACGGGGAAGUGAGACGGUUCUUCCAUGGGCUGUACAUCAGCAACAAAAGCAUUAAGUUCAUCAACGACUCGAGUGGACACAGGACUGGCGUCGUCUACGUGCAAUUCGCCAACAGAAAAUCCAAAGAGGAAGCGAUGACUUUGAACGGAGAGAUCCUGAACGGCAUCUCCGUAGCCGUGUCGCACGUGGACGACGGCGAUUUCGAAGAGGCCGUCGACAGGUUUGUACCCAACAACAUCAACGACGACGGUUUGAACGAUGGCCCUAUGUUCAAGAACAGAACGAAGUAUUUCAACAACGCGCCAGCUGAACCGGAAGUCAAAGAUUACACCUGUCUGAUAGUAGAGGAUCUACCUACGUACUGCAAGGAGCAGGAUAUCCUCCACAUAUUUUCUCAGCACCCCCUGGUAGCCUUGAUCCUGACCACGAAGCCACGCGGCGGCAACAUAGCGUACGUCAAGUUCAGCAGCAAAGACGUGGCGAAAAAGGCGUUGGAAGAGAAAGGCCACCACGUGAUCGGGGGAAAACAGGUGACGGUGCGGCCGUGUAAGGACGACGAUUUCGAGGAGAUCAACAAACAGCACGAGGUGGACUUGACCGGUUCGAAGGAUUCCGACGUCGGCACCGAUUGUCUGAGUGUGGCGAGGCUCCCGCCGAAAACCAACGAUAAGGACAUCGCGGACUUUUUCUCCGACAUCGGCGUCAUACCCACCAAGAUCCACCUGAUGAGCAACAACCUCGGCUUCACCGGGCAGGCGUACUGCGAGUUCCUUAAUGCCGAUGAAGCGGCACGCGCUGCUAAGAAGGACGACACCAUGCUGGGAAAUAUCCACAUAUCCGUCAAGCCCAUCAAACGGGAAGAGAUGGAAACCAUCCUCGGGCACACCUUACCCGCUCCCGUAAAUUCCUCUUCGUCGCCCGUAGAGGUACCGCCCGCGCCGGGUAAAAACCAACCGACGAAUCCGCUUAUGAAGCCCGGGCUUCCGGUUCCCAUGAAUAGUCCGUUAGGGGGUCAGAACCCUCCCAUGAACGAACACAAGCUCAUGAAUCCCAGGCCGUUCUUCAGCCGCGGCGGUUUCGACGGCAGGCCGACGAGGGGCCCGCCGAGAUUCGGACCGAGAGGGAUGGGAGGACCCAGGCUUAGGUUCGCUCCGCCUCAGGAGCAUUUUGACGAAGCGCCCCAUCCCGGAUGUACGGUGUUCAUGAAGAACGUUCCUUACAAGGCGGGGACGAACGAGAUUUUGGACUUCUUCGACGGUUACAAUAUGACCAACAACGUGAGCAGAAGGUACAACCCAAAUAAUACGCCCAGCGACGAGGCCAAGGUGGUGUUCUUCGAUCCGGACGAGGCCUUCAGGGCGGUACAAGAUCUGCACCACAAGAAGAUCUGGGACCGGCAGAUCUACUUGAGGCAGGAAUGAGAUACGGUGGAGUAACUUUACCUGUGUAUGUGAGAGUUUUUUUUUUCGUUUAUACGAGAGGGACGUUGUUAUUUAUUUCAGUUCAAAGUCUGUUUUACGAAGCGCGCAUGGUUGUAUAUUUGAAUUUUUCUAGCGUUUAGGAAUUUUUAUACUCUACUUUAAGGCUGUAUAUAUCGUGACUACUAUAUUAGUAGUGAUACAAGGAACCUUUUUCACUGUGGGUGCGAUCUUUGUUUCUUAUGGGGAAUUUAACAUGAAAUAUAUCUGCAGUAUACGUGUUAGUUUUAUUUUUUUAUUAAGUAUUUGAUAGACAGUGUUUCCUGUUGCUGCAAUAUUUUUUUUGUAAUAAAGUUUAUUUUCUAUUAGAGGUAA